CCCGCGCCAUAUAAACGCUUGCCCACCUCGAGCUCAUCGCGGCGAAGAACACGCGACGCGCAACAUCAGCUCCGUGUGCUGCCGGCCGGCCAUGGCGUCGAGGGCGCUGCUCGCGGUGCUCGUCGUGGCGACAUGCUGCUCGUCCCUCGCUUCGGCAUUGCGGAGCAGGGCGACGGCCGACCCGAACAUGGAGGUGAAGUUCGACUUCACGCCGUUCCUGAUCCAGUACAAGAGCGGCAGGGUGCAGAGGCUGAUGGGGACGACGGUGGUGGCGCCGUCCGUGGACGCGCGCACCGGGGUGGCGUCCAAGGACGUCGUCGUCGACAGCAGCGACGGCCUGGCGGUGCGGCUCUACCGGCCGACGAGGCACCGGCCCGCCGGGAGGCUCCCGGUGGUCAUCUACUUCCAUGGCGGCGCGUUCGUCGUCGAGUCGGCGUUCGAUCCCGUGUACCACAACUACCUCAACGAGCUCGCGGCCAGGGCCGGGGUCAUCGCGGUGUCGGUGAACUACCGCCUGGCGCCGGAGCACCCGCUCCCGGCCGCCUACGACGACGCGUGGGCGGUGCUCAGGUGGGUGGUCGCCGACAUGCAGCGCGGCGCGGACUCGUGGCUCGCGAGGCGCGGGGACGCGUCGCGCCUGUUCGUCGCCGGGGACAGCGCCGGCGGCAACAUCGCGCACAACCUCGCGAUGCGCGCCGGGCAGCACGGCGGCGCGAGGAUCCACGGCGUGGCGCUGCUGGACCCGUACUUCCUGGGGAAGGACGUCGACCCGGUGGGGCAGCGGGCGUGGGGCUUCAUCUGCGCCGGGCGGUACGGGACGGAGCACCCGUACGUGAACCCCAUGGCGCUGCCGGCGGCGGCGUGGCGGCGGCUCGGCAGCGCCCGCGUGCUGAUGACGGUGUCCGACCUCGACCGCCUCGGGCCGUGGCAGCGCGCCUACGUGGAGGCCCUCCGUGGCAGCGGCUGGCCGGGGCAGGCGCAGCUCUACGUCACGCCCGGCGAGGGCCACUGCUACUUCCUCAACAACCUCGACUCGCCCAAGGCAGCAAUGCAUAUGGCCACGCUUGCCGCAUUCAUUAACCGCGCCACCUAGCAGCAAGCAGAACUCUGGAUCUCUGAUCGAUCCAUCAUCAAAAAGCUCUCAGAAUUCUGAUCCAUCUGCAGCUCAGCUACAUACCAAGUAAAGCCAUACUUGUGAUAGUAACCACAUAUAGCGUAUAGUGAGUGUGUAAGGUGUUAUUGCCAUUUUUCUUUUCGAUCUUUCGCCUUGGAAGCAGACCGAGGCUUCUUUUGUGACCGCAUAUGUACACUUGGUUACUACCUAGUACCUCCGUGAAAGUUGGGAACGGAAAAGUGUAAAAAUGUACAAGAAGGGGACCGUUGGCGCGAGCUCGAUGUACGUAGUGACCUGGCGCAGUGAAGGCUGGUGGUACCAAGGGGGUACACCAGCAUGACGGACCGGCUAUUACUCCGCAGCGCGCGGAACAACGACCGUCUUGUGAAGUGUGCUCCCCUUUUAGGGACGGAUCCAGCGUGAGUGUUGAGCGCUUAAGCCUCCCCUAUCAACUGCAUUUUCUUGAAAUAUAAGAGGGAAGGGAAGAAAAUUAGAAAAAAGAUUAAGAGUGGGGAGGUAAAGGAGAAACAAGAUAACUAGCCCCCCUCUCUCACUAGGCUGGAUCCGCUCCUGCCUCUUUUCGUAGCCACCUUUAUCUCGAUCAAGAUUGAACAAAAAACUCGUGGCUUGAUAGCUCGUUUAGCUUGUGUUUGGUUCCGCUUGGCUUAAUUUGUUUGAACUUUCUAACAAGCUGAGCUAGGAUAAUAGCUUGUUUGAUAUAGCGCGUAAGCUCGAGUUGGUCCUCGUGAGUAAGCCAAAACGAACCAACAUUAGAUCACCAAUUAAACAUAACAACCAUCUGGCCCAAUGAGACCCACCUAGGCCAUGUAGUUAACUUCAUUACUCCUAAGUCUAAAGUUCAUAUGUCUCCACGGUGGUCUAGAUUUCGGAAAAAAGGGAAAAUAAACGAAGAAGAGCCUCACUAUUGUCGCUGGUCUGCCGCACGCUUGAUCUGGUUUAUUGUUGAUUUUGCACGCUUGAUCAUGUUGCCCUCACCA